AGGCGGAGAAGAAGAGGAGGGGAGGAAAAGUGUGUUUACACAGACGGCAAACUGCCUGGGGAAUCGUAGGGGAGAGGAAGUCAGCCGGCUCUGUGUCUGCCUGCUCCAACUUCCUGCUCAGAAAAAGAAAAAGCCCAGGAUCCUAUUUCAGUCCAGCACAACUGUGUAGACCAGAAGUAAGCAUGGAAAAACAAGGAAUCACACAAGCCUCACCGUAAAGUUUCGCGGAGGGAAAAAAAGACCAAGUAAGCAGGCAUGGACAGCGCCAUCACCUUGUGGCAGUUCCUGCUGCAGUUGCUGCUGGAUCAGAGUCACAAGCACCUGAUAUGCUGGACGUCCACAGAUGGCGAGUUCAAGCUUCUGAAAUCAGAGGAAGUGGCCAAGCUGUGGGGGCUACGCAAGAACAAGACCAACAUGAACUACGACAAGCUGAGCAGAGCCCUGCGCUACUACUACGACAAGAACAUCAUCAAGAAGGUGAUCGGCCAGAAGUUUGUCUACAAGUUUGUGUCCUUCCCUGAGAUCCUAAAGAUGGACCCUCAGGCGGUGGAGAUGGGCCUGGCCUCUGGAAGGUUUCCCCUCCAAGAAGAAGAGGCCCCUGAGCUGGAGGUAGAGGAGGAGGAGGAGGAAGAGGAAGGAGAGGAGGAGGCCCAGAGGAGGACCCUGGCAGCCCUGGGGGCACAGCAGUGUCGGAAUGACUACCUCCGCUCGGGUCUCUAUUCUUCCUUCAGCAUCAGCUCCCUGCAGAACCAGCCCGAGCUGCUCCGUGCCCUGCGGGAACGCCAGGAGGAGCCGCGCUCCGUCAUCCGCUUUGGCACCAAUUCCCAUGAGAGGAGCUCCCCUCCUUCUGCCAAAUCUGAGUCCUAUGUCUCCCCCAGGCCAUCCAAACUCCCUUCUCUUUCCCACUCCCUGUCCUCCCCCCACACCCAACCUGGCCAUAGCUGGAGCCCUGCAACCAAAGAGGAGGAGGAGGAGGACUCUGACCAGAGCGCUCAGCCCCUCAACCUCUCCUCUGGGCACAGGGAGCGAGCCCUGCAGCCUCCUGAAAAAAGGAGUAGCAGCAGCAGUGUUAGAAGUAGCUCCACUUCUAGUAGUAGUAACCAAGGAGAUGGACUCCCACCAAAAAGCAAAAAGCCCAAAGCUCUGGAGAUCUCCGCCCCGUCCCUGCUGCUUACAGGGAGUGACAUCGGCUCCAUCGCCCUCAACAGCCCGGCACUGCCGUCUGGCUCCCUUACUCCUGCCUUCUUCACUGCACAGACUCCCUCUGGUUUGCUGCUGGCUCACAGUCCGCUGUUGUCAGGCAUCCACUUCUGGAGCAGCCUCAGCCCCGUCGCCCCGCUCAGCCCCGCCCGGCUGCAGGGCCACAGCUCCUUGUUCCAGUUCCCCAGCCUAAUCAACGGACACAUGCCUGUCCCCCUGCCAAACCUGGAAGGAACACCCUCCUCCCUGCUCCUGUCCCCCACCACCCACAAAUCCUGAUCCAGGGUCUGUCAAAAACCUCCCAUCUUCAUCCAUCUCUUGUUUGAAAGAUUCUCAUCAUCAACGUCAUCAUCAGCAGCAGCAGCAACAAUCUUUUGUCCGUCUUGUCAAAAAUUUGCUUCAGAAAAGUCCUUCGAGACAUUAUGUGACCUCACUUUUUUGCACUUGAGUUGCUUCAGAUUCCAGUGGUUGAAAGCACUUGGUAAAAGCCAUAUGACAUGCUGUCUGUGAGACGUGUGGCCCUUUGUGAUAAAGUUCAGCACAUUUCCACAUGACCCUGUCCACGAUGGACAGUAGUGACGUGUAGCUAGCUGUUGAGGACUAGCCAGCUGCUCAUUCUGCGCAGAGCUUGGUUGUUUUAAUCUUUGUUUUAAAAAAUCGUUUUUUUCUCCCUCAAAAGAUCAUCACAGUGUGAAGCGGGUUGUUUCACUUGUGGGGUUUUGUAUGUAUUGUAUGCACUAUGCUUCUCAGAUAGUACCGGCUGUGCCUUAUUGUCCUAUUUUUUUCUUUUUAAUCUUUUAAAUGAAGACGAGAUUUCAAAUCAAUGAAAAACCUUUGUAACACUUGUAAUGUUCUUUUUUUAUACUGGACUUGGUAUACAGUAUGUAUUCUGUAUAAUUUUAUAUUGUGAAGAAUGUCUUGUCAUUUUCAAUAAACAAAGCAUUGAAUGCUUGAACGCAGGCGCCUU